GUAAAUUGGUUCUUGACCCUAAUAAUCAAACCCUCAUCACUGAAAGUGAGGUUAUAAGGAAGAGAGCCAAUUUCCUCCAGGAUGCAGAAAAAAGCUUUUUCCAGCUGAAAACCAAGUGUGAGUUACUCAUUGAAGGGGACAAAUGUAGUAAGUUUUUCCACAACUUGAUGAAAAAGAAGACAGCAUCAAAUGGAAUCCCUUUCCUUGUUACUGACCAAGGGAAUCUGACUCAAUCACUUGAGGACAUUGCUAAGGAAUUCAUUCAUUACUUCACCCAACUUUUUGGCUGUACUGUCCCCAUUCAACAGCUAGAUUGGAGUGUUUUCUCUGAAGGUCCUUGCCUUGCUGCCAUGGAUGUCACACAACUCACAAAGGAGGUUGAAAUUCAGGAGGGCAGGCUGCCUGUUAAAUACUUGGGCCUUCCACUCACUUCUCAAAGGGCAACUGAAAGAGACUUUGCCCCCCUUGUGGAUAUUGUUGAUGCAAAUAUUAGAAGAUGGAACACUAAAACUCUGUCCUUGGCUGGAAGAAGUGAACUGAUUAGGACAGUUAUACAGGGUAUUGAAGGAUUUUGGUUCCAAGCUUUCCCCAUCCACAAAUCUGUCCUCAACAGAAUCAUCUCCCUGUGCAGAUCAUUCCUUUGGGGCAGUAAAUUUUAUAAAGUGGCUUGGGAUGACAUUUGCAAACCCAAGGAGGAAGGAGGCCUGGGCAUCAGAAACUCCUUUGUUUGGAAUCAGGCUCUGUUGGCCAAAAAUCUGUGGAACAUUGCCUCCAACAAGGAAACUCUUUGGGUACAGUGGGUACAUUCUGUUUACCUCCAAGGGAGAAGUAUCUGGACUUGGAUCCCCAAAAAGGGGGAUUCACACCUCUUCAAAAAACUGGCUGAGGUGAGGGACAAGCUUGUUCAUAAUGUUGGUGAUGCAUAUGAUGAUGUGGAAGAAACUAUGAGCUACUUAUGGGAGGAGGAAGGGGGAAACACUGCCAAACUGUAUGACAUUUUAAAGGUUCAUGGUCUCAAGCAACCCUGGAUGAAAAUUAUAUGGCAGAGUUACAUUCCCCCAAGGUACUCAGUUACUGCUUGGAUGGCACUGCGCAAGAGACUUCCCACAAAGGUUAAUCUUAGCUUUGUGGACAUGGACAGGAAGUGUAGUCUCUGCAAUGAGGGAGAGGAAACAAUUGACCACCUCUUCUUUGAGUGUACUAUCAGCAAAGCCAUUUGGAAGAACAUUAGAGACUGGCUACACAUUUCCCCUGCCCUAUCUACUAUUGAAAGAUACAUGAAAUGGGUGUGUAGAAGACAUGGACAACAUGGGGAUGUAGGGAAACUCUGGAAACUGUCCACCAUCAGCACAAUCCAUCAUAUUUGGAAGCUGAGGAAUGCUGUGUAUUUUGAUAACCAAGCUGUCAACAAAGAUGCCACUAUCUGCCAAAUCAAGGUGGGAGUCUAUAAAGUUGUUUAUAGAUUCUUCCCUAAUGUUAUGAUUGCACUGUUUGGGGCUGAGUUCGCAGGCAGCAUGACAGUAGGAUGUCCGACCAGUGCGGAUGUGAAGACACCCGUGUUCAGUCCAAGUGAAGGAAUGACCGGUAUGGCCGAAGCCAUAUUCGGUCUGAGUGGGGUGACCAUUGUGGCCGCAGCCGCGGUUGGUCCAAUAACCGAGGUGACCGGAGCGGACCCCAUAGUCGCGCUCGAUCCAACGAAGGUGGUGAUCGGAGUGGACCCCAUGGCCGCACUCGAUCCGAAAAGAAUGUUGAUCGAAAUGGUCUGCCCAACAGAGCCACCCAAUCCAGCCGAAACGUUCACAGCCGGAGUCUCGAAACUACUCCCGUUUCCGGAGUGAGCGUCAAAACCGAAUCCGUCCAUACCCGCCAUUGCGCACAGAUAUGACUACUAACUUAAGAUUGUUACAAUUCUCGUACGGAUUACAAUGGACGGGGAAGAUGAACGGCCCCGGAAAUAAAAAAUAAAUAAUAUUCUAAAUU